GCCGGGGAGAGCGGCCGGGAGGAGGAGGAAGGAGGAAGCAGCCGGGCCGGGCCGGCCCCGAGUCAGCCCCUGCGGCCCCCCGAAGCCAGGCCUGUGACUUGGUGACUGAAUAAUUCACCUGACGGUACAGCUCUGUGAUCCCAAGAUGCUGCACAGAAGCUGAUAUGCUUUGUGGAGGGAGUGUCCACACGGGCAGCUCCCCGCACCAAUGAUCUCAUGGGUUCUAGAAGGCAGCCUGGUGGCCUGAGGGGCAGAGCCAAGAUGGUGGCUCAUUAGCAGUGAAAGCCUAAACUGCUCUGAUGAACCUUCCAAACCAGUCUUUAAAAAGUGCCUCGAAACAGCAGGAGUCAAAAUCCACCAGAGGGACAGAGUGAGGAGGCUCUCCCAUUGGACACAGCUCGAAAGGCAGGCAGAGGGUUGAUUUUCAUGGGAAAAGGGGAAACCAGAAGCCAAACUGCACCCAGAGGAGUGCUGACCGACCACCUCUCCUCCUAUUGCACCAGAUUCCAAACCUGGGCAGAGGCCACCUUCAGGAUCCCAGGACCUCAGCUACACCAACAAAAGAGCCCCUUGGACCCAAGUCCCAGGCCUGGCACCACCCCACAGUGAGGCCCCAAAGUCCAUAGUACUGGGCUGCUGGGGACAUCUACGGAGUCGCAAUAGGGGACAGUUUAGAACUGUCGGGGGACAGCUUAGAGCUGUCGGAGAACAGCUAUGGAGUUGCAAGAAAGCAAGACUGGAAUAUUAUCAAAGAGGGAUAAUGAAGUUUAUUGUAAGCAGCACAACAGAUUUAAAGCUCUUCUCGAGAGACACAGUCUACCCUCCCCAGAGUGUGAACAGGGGAGUGACCCGCUCCCAGGAGAUCUUGGAACUGUUCAUGCAGCCUUGAACUGAGAUGACUGUUUUGGCGUACUCAGCAGGAAUGGUAUGUCACAAACACCUGGGAAGAGGAACUCUAUUCCAUGAAGUCAUGAAAGGUUCACUGCCCUGGGCCCUUUCAAGCCUACAUUGCUGUGCUGAAGACCUAGCCCUAAGGGAAAACAGCUCACAGCUCCAAGUCCUGCAUGCCAAUGGCAGAGGACACAGAUUCAGAAGCUUUCACAAUUCCCAUUCUGUAGGAGGAAAAAAAAAGGCUGGGAAAAUGAGCAAACAGCAAAAGAAACUCCUAACCUGCAAAAUUUUCUGUGGCAAAGAGCAAAACACAGACUCAACAGGGGACAGUGAGAUCCAAGCAACCACAUGCAAAACUUGAAAGAAAAAUGGAAAUUUGUUUCAAGUGCUGAAAGAACUCAAAAAGGAAUUGAAAAAAUCAAAUAAGAUAGGGCAAAGAAAAUGGAGAAAAGAAAUUAAUGUAAUGCAAAAAGAAAAUGACAGGUUAAAAAGCAAAAUUGGUCAACAAGAAAAAGAGGCACAAAAAUCCAAUGAAGAAAAGAGUUCUAUGAAAAGUAGAAUGGACCAAAUGGAAAAGGAGAAUGAAGAGGUCAUGGAAGAAAUUCAGUUUUUUAAAACUUAGAAUUAGGCAAAUAGAACAUAAAGACUUCAUGAAACAUCAAGAAACAAUAAAACAAAAUCAAAAGAAUAAAAAAAAGAAAAUAUGAAAUAUUUUAUUGAAAGAACAUCUGACCUGGAAAAUAGAUCCAGAAGAGCCAAUUUAAGAAUAAUUAGAUGACCUCAAAGUCAUGACCAAAGCCUGGUGUCCCCAGAGAGGUCCCUUAAUCUCUGAGCUUGUUUCUGAUUGCCCUGUCAGGGCUGUUGUGAGGGGAAUCACAUGGGAAUGACCAGACCUAACAUCUUAGGUGGGGCUUAGAGAAAGUAAAGUGACUUAUCCAGGGUCUCUCCACUCCAAUGCCCUGCCUCACAUCAUUGACAUUAUUAGAUAUAAUUCCGGUCACAUCAGUGACAAUAGAAUAAAGGGUCCCAGCACCAUUGACCUGAACUCCAAUGGCUUGGAGCCUUUUUGGCCAUAUCUUUAGCCUUGGGGAGAAGAUGGCAGUAGUUAAAGGGUCGAGGUCUCCAGUGAAGUGCCCCAGGGAUCUGGGCUUGGCCCACUGCUAUUUAACAUGCAGGUCCUAAGCUUAGAGGCCCACUCAGCCCACUAAUUGGAAGAUGAUGCAUUGUUGGGCGGGUUGUAUAUAUUGGACUAGAGUCAGAACUCCACACUUCCCACCAAACAACCUUGGUCUGGUCCAAUGAGGUGAGAGGAAGUGGGUGCCCAUGUGAUGGGCAUCUGGAUCUGCCUGGAUCCAGACUGUGGUGGGUCAUGGCAAGACCACAGUUUUCUGGGAAAUCCAUUUGGGGUUGAAGGAGACUCAAAGUCAAUGGUGGUCUGCAGUGGGAAGCAGCAGCCAAAGGGAUGGGGCUAUCUUGUCCCGUCACUGAGGGAGGCAAGGCCUGUCUUCUGCCUUGUGCAGACCCCCUCUGGAGAUUUGCCAGGAUUGCAGAGGAUGCUGGGAAGCUGGAGGGUGCUGUAAGGAUAAAUUUAGUGUUUUGACUUAAAAUCUAAAUAAGUAGUGGCCAUGGGAAAUUCCCAAAUGUGAAAAUACCCAAGUCACCUGGGGAUUUAUGGAGAUUUUAAUUAAUAGAGAAAGAAUUAAGGGAAGGAGAUAGAGAGAGAGAAUCAAUUUAAACUGCUCUGGCUCAGGCUGAGCCAAGAAGUAGUUAAAGGCCAUGGCCAAAGUGGCCUCCCUUAGCCUAAGGGAGAGGGAGUCAGUCUUAUCACUCACCACAAGACCGUCUCCAAGCAAGCUCCAGUCCUCUACUGAAUCUCCUGAACUGAGUUCAGAAUCUAACUCAAUUCCGAACUCAAUUUUCCUCAACUGACUUUUUACCCCUCCUUUUAAAGAAAUUUUCUCUUAUGUCACCUCCCCUAAAUUUUCAGGUUUACCAAUCACAGUUGACACUUUUUUCCAGGAUUGUCCAUUCUUAGUUCUAACCUUCUUUGGUUCUCACCUUCUCUGGUUAGAUUAUAUCUUCUGAGUACUUCACACCUCUUUGUUAAGCUUGCCUUUUGUAAGUUACUUGACCUUUUUAGGUACUAAUUUAACCUUUACAGGUACUUAAGGCCUUUUUGUAUUAGAUCUAAAAAUAGAGUUAACUUAAGGUUCUAGCUUCACUAUAAGGUAUGAGUUAAGUACCUUCAUUGUUUAAUCAGGAGUUUACAACUUUAUCUUCCCCUAAAGUAGGUCUAAGUAUGAGUGGAGUAAAGUUCCCAAGACAUUCCUGAUUCUUGUUAGAUCAAGUAUCUCCAUGGUUACAAUAAGGGAAUAGCUAGACCAAAUCUUCUAAAGUACAGUCUGAGUAGUUUUUUAAGAUUCACGGUGUCCAGGGGAGGACAGCCAAGAGGGCAGAGGCCUCUGGUCUGCAGCAUGUGAGAAAGAAUUGGGCACAUUUAGCCUGGAGAGCAGGAGGCUCAGGGAAGUUGGGAGAGGCCUGUGCAGUGGGGGAGGACGGAGGCUUGUUCUGCUUGACCCAGGGUAUGUUGGGGGAGGAACAGAAAGGCCACUGGAGAUGUUCCAGGAUGGAAGGGGCAGCCCACGGGGGAGGUAAGUGGGGCCCCCUACUGGAGGACUUCAGGGCCACAACAUCAGUCUGGGUCUGCCCUGGGCUGGGCUCCAGCUGCCCACCAGACUCGGCCUUUUCCUUCUGUUCGUCUCUUGAGCGAGAGCAGCCAACCCAGAGAUGCCUAUGUGUGUGUCUUCACGUGAAUGCCCCAGGCCUUCUGGCUGCCCUCUCACCCCCACGCCCUGAGCCUCCCCCCAUCUGCCCUGCCAGAUAGGAGUCCUCCAGAAACAAGUGAGCCAUCCACUGGCCUUGCCUGAGCCUGUGGUUCUCCUGGCCCCAGAAGCCAACCAGUCCCCAGGUUGGGCUGUUGAACCCUUCCCCACUCCUGCUCUGGGAGCCUGUGGGGAGCAGGCAGCCUAGCUUUCCUCCCCAGCUGUGUCCCAGCCCUCCAGAUGGGCUGAGCAGGUGGGGAUGGGGGGCUGGCCACAGCCUCGCUCUGCCCUGGUUAUCCCCCUCCCCCUCCCAUGCCCGGCCAAGCUGACCCUUGGACUGGGCAGAGUCUGGCUGGGGCACAGGGGCAGGCCCUAGGAGGGGGCGGGCAGAGCCUGCAUGCCAGCCGGGUCUCUGCUUACAGGCUGGGCCUGGGGGGGGGUGUCUGAGCACCGCUGGCAGGAAGGAGGAGAGGUAGAGAGGGCCCCGCUGACCUCAGGGUGCAGCUCUACAGAGAAGAGGAGGCCUGGCCGGUUUGCCCAGUAGAUGCCCUCUUGGCAGAGACUUCAAGAGCACCAGAGUCAGGGGCUGGCCUGACUGGCCUUCCGCCUGGCAUGGAGCCCAGCGUCUGGGGCUCAGGGCAGAUGGCCUUCCUCAGCAACCUUCUGGCAACUUCUGCCUUCAUUGCUGUUUCUGACUCGGUGCCAUUCGGCUGGCGUCUUGGAUCUGCAUUCGAGAGCCUCCACAGACCACCUCUGGAGGGUUUGGAGCACGCCGAGCGCGCCGCCCUGUGCUUCGUGUCCGGCGUGUGCGUGGGGCUGCUGUUCACGCUGGCCGCCCUGGUGCUCGCCAUCUCCUGGCGCGCCGACUGCCGGCGGCUGCCCCGAAAGAAGGGCCUGACGCGGCGUCGGAGCGGCGGCAGCAGCAGCAGCAGCAGCGGCGACAGUGACAGCGACAGCGACGAGGACAGCGUUGGCGGCCGCUGCUCGGCCUCGCUGGACGGCUCCACGCGCCGGCCGUGGCUCUACGAGCGGCCGCCCCACAGGAACGUGUUCACGUCGGCGGAGGAGCUGGAGAGGGCGCAGAGGCUGGAGGAGAGGGAGCGCAUCCUCCGCGAGAUCUGGCUGAACGGGCAGCCCGACGGGCCCGCCCCGGCCCCCCGCAGCCUGAACCGCUACUACUGAGGGGCCCGGAGGAGGGGGAGACGCAGCCCAGCGGGCGGCUCCUGACGGCCCUUGAACCCAGGGCCGAGUCCUCCCAGCGCUCGGGGAUCCCCUUCCCCGCCUUCCGUUCUGCUCCUUCGCGGGCCGAGCUGGAGUCCCGCUCCCUGGGCGCCCUAGGCCUUCCUCUGGCCAGGCGGGGGACCGGCAGCUGCCCGGGGAGGACCGGCCCCGCCCCCCGGGAAGGCGCCUUGGUCAGCGCCUGGAGAAGCCUGGGCUCGGAGCUCUUUGUAGCCUCGGGCCGGGGGCGUGUCCGUAAGGGAGUGCCUAGAUGCUCGUGCGCAUGCGCGCGGUUCUGUGUAGUUGACUAAAAAGGAAGACUGGGUCUGGAGCCUCUGGGCGUUUGGGGGCGGCUGAGGGGCUCACACGAGCGGGUGUUUCUCCUGCCCCCCCUCCCGCUGCUGACCUUCCGGCCUGGCACUGGCACCUGGGGCGGCUUCCAUCCCCUGCUUCUUCCUCCCGCAGGGGGGCGUCGGAGAGGGUCUGUCCCAGGGGAACUCCGCCCCAGGCCCUUAAAGCUGAGCCCCUCGGCGCUGCUCCCGGCCUUCCCCCUGCGGCCCAGAGAGCACCGGAGAGGGAGAGUCCGCCUCGGAGGCCCUCGCUCGGGGUCUGCGUGGAGCCGGGCGGCCCUGGUCCGGCGCCUGCCCCCCCCUACCCCCCCCCGGCUGUCCCUCGCUGCCCGGACGGGGCUUGGAGCUUAGCGGGCUCCAUCCCGGGGCGCUGCGGGAAACGAGGCUGCGCGCUUCAGCGGCCGGCAGUGGCCGAGUGGGCGGGGCCCAGCGGAGCAAAAGGCUGCCGUGGCCCCGCCUCCGCCCCGCCCCGCCCGGCCUCUGGGUCCGCAGCCCAGGCUAGCAGAUUAGCGCGCUUGAAAGCCGCUGGAGCUGCAAAGGGGGCCCCGGCCCCGGGGGGAGGCUUCAGGCACGUGGGCCGGCUGCGUCCGGCUGCACAAAGCUGGGGGCUGACCGGAAAGGGCGGGAGGUGGGGAGGGGGGAGGGGCUUCUGGCCCGGGCCGAGAGUGGGACCAUCCGAGGUCCAGGCGCCGCUGGGGUCAUUGGUCCGGAGAGCUGGGAUCCCGAGGGCUGUGGACUGGGGACGGCGCGGGUCUGGCCGGGGGGAUGUUAUUACUCCGCUGUGACUUGGUGGCCCGUCCCAGCUUUUCUUGGCUGCGUUGCCGGAGCGCCUCGCCAUUUCCUUCUCCAGCUCAGGAGCCCAGGCAAGCGAGGGAAGAGACUUGGCCACGGUCACACCGCUGGGACGCGUCUGAGGCCAGAUUUGAACUUGUCUUCCUGAAUCCAGGCCGGGGACUCAUUCCACUGCCCUGAGCUGCGAGCAUCCUCUCUCCUCCAGGAAGGGGGAGCCGCCGCGGAGGCUGGUGGAGCUGCCGGUAGAGCCCUUCCAGCUCCCGCUCCCGCUCCCGCUCCCAGCUAGCUUUAGGAGAGCGGAAUGUGUGUCCCCGCCCAGACGGUUACCAGCCCGCCCCGCUUCUUCCUCCCGAAACCGAGAGGCUCCGCCCCCAGGCCCUCCGGUCCGGUCUGGCCUCCUCCUGGCUCCCGCCCCGUUUAACCUGGACCUUCCGGGAGCCGGUUUGCUCAGCCCAGCCUGGAGGUAGAACCUGCGAGAGGCCGCCAGCCCGUCCCACGUGGCCGGGCGGCAAAGGCUGUUUCUCAGGCCCGCCGCAGCUUCCCCGGAGCUGGGUGCCGGCAGAAGGGGCCCAUCCCCGGGCCCCCCCUGCGCUGGGGCUGCCCUCCGAAGGAGGCUUUGGGCGCCUGCCCUGCUCUCUGCUCAGAGCUUCGGCUCGGGGCACGAGGGGCCCUUGGCAAGGAAUGUGGCCAUCGGGAAUGCCCGGGGCCCCGGGUGGCAUCUCAGGCCGCCUCGGCUCUAAAGGCCCACCCCAGGAGAAGCCGUUCCCCUCGGGGGCAGGGAAGGGAGCAAAGGAGAUCCUGCUCGGUUUGCCUGGCAGGACGCCCCUGGGUUCUCCUUCCUCCCCGAGGGCGGCUCUAGUUCCAGCUAAGCCCCAGGAGAGGCCCCGCAGCUCCCUUUCCUCUGCUUUAGGAGGCCCCGGGGCCGGAAGAAAUUCAGGAUCUGGGCCCUGAGGGGGACGUCCAGCAGGGAGUAGUCUCCAGCUCCCUGAGGCGGAAAGGCCGCUGCUGUGCCGGGGCGGGGCUGGGCCAUUUCUUUCUCCAGCUCCUGAGGAAACUGAGGCACAGGGGGUGAGGGCACAGCUAGCAUGAGGUCAGGAAAGAGCUUGAGCCCAGCCCCUGGGGCUCGGGAGGAUCAGGGCCAGAGGACUCUCCAAAGGCACAUCAGAGCGCCCGAGGGCGGGGCCUGGGGGCGCUGAAAGGACGCCUCUGGGGUCCCAUAGGGGAAGCUUGCAAGGCCUUUAGGGCAUUUAGCACCUGCCAGUCGCCCCUGAAGCAGCAUCCCGAAGUCAGCUGGGCCGGCUGACUCCAGGGCUGGUGCUCUCCCGCCCCGCCCCCUCCCUGAGACAUCCCCCUCCGGCCUGCCAGGGCGCCUCGGACUCCGAAGCCGCGUCUGACAGUCCACGUGACUCAUUUCUGAGUCCUCACAGUGGGGGGCCGGAAUGUUGUCCAGCUGCUGCAGGCUCGCGUGCGGGCGAGUUUCCGGGGCCUUCCGGGCAUUCCUGGCGUCCUUGGUCGCUCCCGAGCACGGGCUCCGACCCUCUGAGGCCCGCUGGUGAUUCGGCCUUUGCUUCCUUCCUGUGCAACCUUCCCGCAGCCCCGGGCUCCCGUUGAGGUGCCCCCCACAGAAGAUCGGGGCGCGGCCGGCCCUGCCUUCCGCCUCAGCCAGGGCGGCCCAUUUCCCGGCUCCCGUUGGUCAGCCGCUUCUCCGGGGUGGGGCACGAACCAGCUCCUUUCCUCGGGCCUCGCUCCGUCCAGCCUCCGCCCGCUGUGCCCCUCCUUUCGGGAAAGAGCCGGAGAGGAGAAGGGAAGGGAAGGGCGGCUGCCUGCUGCAGGGCCCCCGAGGAGGGGGAACCGGUGGCCAGGCGCCCUGCGCUCUCCCUGGAGCCCCUGAGGGGGCGAAGAGCUGGAGGGAGGCGAGAGCUGCACCGUGCCGCUCCCCACCUAACUUGCAGCCCUCCACCGACAGCUGUUGCCCUUCAGCGCCCCCUGGCACCGGAGCAGGGACGGAGGGGGGGGACCCAAGCACUUUACCCAGAGUCCAGCCCAGGAGGGGGAAGGAGACCGCCUAGAGGUGUGCACGGAGGCCUCCUCACGGCCUCUUCUGGCUCCAGACGCUUGAUGGUUCAGUGACCCUGGACAAGUCACUUCCCCUCCUUCUGCACCAGUUCCCUCAGCCCUUCCUUGGCACAGUCCCCACGUUCACCGUCAGCAUAACCAGCCGGAGGCAGGAGAGGGUGUGAGCUUGGGCCCGGCCCAGGCAGGCCAACCAGCCUGGGUAAGCCUGGCCUGGCUUGCUGCGGGAAACCGUGAGGAAUCCUCUCUGGCCAGCCCAGGAAUAAGGCUGGGUGCAGCCUGGACCAGGGGCUCCGCAGGCCCUUCACUUCCCAGACUAAAGAUCCCACCCAUCAUGGGGCUCCAGAACCUUCCCCAAAUCCCCGAAAGGCCCAGAGCAUUCUGGGGAUUCCUGGGCAGGCGGGAGAAAGAAGCUCAGGAGCCCCAAGAAUGGGGCCUAGGGAACGCCUGGGGCCAACUACUUGCCUAAUUAGCAACACCUGUGAACUGGAGCCCUGUGUUACUGCUCUUGGGGUUCUAGAGUAACCCUGUGGGUGGCCGGUUCCCCAAACAUGAGGUCGGACAAGCCCCAGGAGCUUCUACUCAAGUGGCCUAGACUCCCGAAGUCCCCCAGAAUGCUCAUGAUUGCCAUGGUUCCGCCAGAGGGUCUUCCCUGCUCCCUGUCCCUGAGGAGCUCCCAAAAGGCAGCAGCGUGCCCAGAGGGCUGUGGGAGCCUGACCAGGCCCCCUUGGCUUCCUCAAUUUCAUAGGCGGGCUUGUUGCAUAGCUCAAAUGUGAUUGUAUUUGUAAAGCACCUAGUAUGGGACAGGGCACAUAGUAGGUGCUUCCUUCCUGCAGACAAGAGAACGUUAGAGCUAAGUCCCCAGAAAUGGUGACUGAGGUUUUUCAUUGUAUUUAGUUAGACGACUGUUCCGUGGUUCAUGUUCUUUUCCUGCCCCCUCCCAAUGCCAACGAGCAAUUCCACUGGGUUUGACAUGUCCCAUUUCCAUGUUAUUAAAUAUCUGAGAAUGAGGAACAAAAGAACUUCGAGAAAGCAGAUCAGUGCCUGGAGCUCCAGCGAGCAACUAAAGAAGCUCCACAGAAGAACAGCGUGUGAAUCCCCAGUUAAACACCAAAGCUGGAAGCUGGAAAAUCCAAGGAGAUGAAGAGGGCUGAAAGCAGGGAGCCGGGUUGGUUGGGGGAGGGGAGCAGCCCAGAAAAUGGAUAAACCACGGGACUCAAAUCUUCCAAAGGAAAGAAGAAAGUCCAAGGACCAGAACGAAACUGAAAAUGCUAAAUUCACCUCCAGUGAAAAAGGAUUUAAAGCAAUUAGGGAUUCUUUUACCCAAUUAUAUGCCAAUCAAUUUGAUAAGCGAAGCAAAAGGGCUGCAUAUUUACGAAAACACAAUAAACUGCCCAGACUUCUAAAGUA